CGACAAGAAUAUGCGGAAAAAGUAUCAACGCUUCUUCAAGAAACUGCAAGAGCCGGCAGCCCCCCGCCCACCCGGCAGUCCGGCGGCCCCUCGGCCACGAGCGCGAGGGCGCGCUCAGCCCGUGGAUAACGCGCAGCCGUCGGUGGCCACGUUUUUUCGCGUGCCUUCGGAUUCGGACGAGGAGCUGGCGCUCGCACCCGCCGCGCCCGCUCCCGCAGAUUCCGAUGAUGGCUGGCCCACAAUAGAUGAACUUAUGAAGACCUCAGACGACGACAAGCCGGAAGAUCCCGCCCAUGUCCAGAGGCUCUUGGCCCAAGCCCGUGAAAAUAUCCAAAGAUACGAGGAACGGGAACAAGAGCGGGAAAAAGCUCGUGAAGAAAAGGAACGCGCCGAGAGCUUGGCCCAAACGCGGCAAGCUGUGAUUGACAAAGAAAAUAUUGCUUUUCGAGAGCGUUUGGACGUCGAAUUAGAUGAGGAUCGGACUCGCCAAGCCAUCCGUGGGAAUUUUCAAUACCUUCAGGACGUGUGGGAUGGAAAGGUGGAGUCCAAGCGGUAUCAAAUAUUCAAAAAAGGUGGUCCUCCGGCGCACGCAUUGAUGUUCCAAAUGAUCACGGAUCCAUUCUCUGACCGACAUUUGGAUUGGAUCAUGGCUGAAAUCCAGAAAAAAUGGAUGCCCAAUGAACGUCUCCACGCCAUUCACAACGAUUUUGUGUGGAAGGUGAUCUUGGCCGAGGCGUUGAUCAAGAUCUACGCCGACAUGUUCGAUUUGUCCAAAGAAGAGGCCGAACUUCGAAUCAAUCAAACUCCGUUGAGACCCGAACACGGUGGUUCAAAUUUUAUCACCUAGUUCCCUUUCACAAAAAAGGACCCCAAAAGCCAGUGUUUGUGUCUCUCUUGUCAGUUUUGAGCUCUUAAGAUGAAUAAAUUUAAAUCUAUUUUAGGA